AUGCACGUUCGUGUGCGCAUGUUUGGUAAACCUGAUACUAUUGUAGUAGUAGAAUCAAAACUUACGAAGUUGCAACAGUUUCGACGUAUAAUAAAAGAAAAAUUUGAUGUCGAACCCAAGUUACAACGGUUAUUUUACGGCGGAAAACUGCUUGAAGAUGGUUAUACAUUCCAUGACUAUAACAUUAAACUAAAUGAUGUAAUUCAGCUGAUUGCUGUACCGCAGACUGUAGAAAGUGAAGAUGAAAAGAAAUCACUUAACAAUCUAGAGCAAGUAAAAGAAUCCAACCUUGAACAGAAAACAAUAGUUUAUACGGAUGUUACAAGUACAGUCUAUGCAGUUGGAGAUUUAGUUGAUAUUAAAGACCGAGAACAGGGUGCCUGGUUAGAAGGUAAAAUAGUAAGAAUAGUACUAGAUCCUAAAGUAAAUUAUGAAAAUGAACAAAACAAGGAAGAUUUAAACAGUACUUUGGAUAGUGAAAAUGAUCUUGAAAACAAGCCACCCAGUAAUAUAUCUGAACAGUCAAACACUCAAAAGACUGGUAUUGCAAAAUAUUUUACAAAACAGACCAAUGGAAAGAGAUUUAAAGAAAAAACGGUAAAAGUUACAGCAGAGAAUGUUUUGUAUAAGGUGCAAUUAGAUGAUGAUGAAGAAGAUUCUGAAUUGUUUUGUAAGCUCAAAGAAAUAAGACCCAGAGCUCGGCAUGAGAUUGAUGUCAAAGAUUUAAAGCCUGGACAAAAGGUCAUGAUAAAUCACAAUACUGAUGAACCAUUGGAAAAAGGAUAUUGGUAUGAUUUCAAAGUAGAUGAAAUAAAGAAAUUGAGGACAAGCUAUGAGAUUGUUGGAACUUUAUACCUCGGUCAGGACUCGGUUCCACAAAAUGAUACUAAAGUCAAAAUCCAUGAUAAAAUAUUUGCUAUUGAAGAACCAGUGCCUUUGGAAAAAAGAACCGAGGAUUAUCUUAAAUCAAUACAAGAGACACCGGCACCCAGAUCUAAACCAAUGAAUUGCUUAAAAUGUAGAGAUAAUGAAGAAGAACCUUGCAAGGAAUGUGGAUGUUAUUUAUGUGCACAAAAAAAUGAUCCAGAUAAGAUAAUUCUGUGUGAUGAGUGCCACAAUGGUUACCACAUGGUAUGUCUGAAUCCUCCUCUAACUGAACUACCAGACGAUGACUGGUAUUGCCCAUCAUGUAAGAGGGAUCCAAAUGACGUUAUAGCACCCGGUGCAUCCAAACAAGCUAAAAAAUCCAAUACUUCUAAGACUAACAGAGAUUGGGGCAGAGGCAUGGCAUGUGUUGGAAAAACAAAAACUUGUCCUAUGCCCUUAAACCAUUUUGGUCCUAUCCCUGGAAUAGAAGUUGGAAUGUGUUGGAGAUUUAGGAUACAACUUUCUGAAUCAGGAGUGCACAGACCACCUGUUUCCGGAAUACAUGGCCGGGACAUUGAAGGAGCCUACAGUAUAGUGUUAUCAGGUGGAUAUGAAGAUGAUGUUGACAAUGGCUAUGAGUUCACAUAUACUGGUAGCGGUGGAAGAAAUCUUUCUGGAAACAAACGAACCGCUGAACAAUCAUGUGAUCAAACUCUUACGAGGGAGAACAAAGCGCUGGCUCGCAAUUGUGCCGUUGAUAAGGUGAGUGAGGACGGUGGAGACGCUGGGGAUGAUUGGAGACGAGGAAAACCAGUGAGGGUCGUCAGAUCCUGCAAGAUGCUGAAACAUUUCCCGAAAUACGCACCUAAGGAGGGAAUACGAUACGACGGUAUCUACAAGGUGGUGAAAUAUUAUCCCGAAAAAGGUCUAUCCGGGUAUAUUGUGUGGAAGUAUCUUCUGCGGAGAGAUGACCCUAGUCCGGCACCAUGGGAACCGGAAGCAAAGAAAUAUAAUAUUGUGUACCCAGAUGGCUAUUUAGAAGCGGAAGCGGAAAAGAAAGCCUUGAAAGAAAAAGCAACAAAUAGUAAAAAAUCUUCAAAAAGAGCGAAACGUAACGAAAGUACGUCAUCAGAAACAGAUUCGUCUCCAGUAGUGAAAAAACGGAAAGUACAAAAAACACCUCAGAAUGGCAAAGUCCGUAAAAAACAAUGUUUGUCAGAUAGCAGUGAGUCAUCAUCUGAAAUAGAAAAAUUAACAAGCAAAGACACGAACGCUAAACAAAAGAAUAGAAAAUCUGUAAUACCGAGCAUAUUUACGAAAAGUCCAAAGAACAAAAAAGAUAAAGCAGAAGAACCUCUUAGUGCUGAGGAGAAAGACAGUGUGUUAGCUGACACACUCAAUACAAAACUGUGGGGCGAAUGUUUAGAUGUCUGUGAGAAGCAAGGAAAGAAGGAAUUCAUAGAGCAUGUGACUCAAGUGUUCCUUUGCAUCAUCUGUCAGGAUGUUGCUGUAAACCCGGUCACUACACCAUGCUCUCAUAACUUUUGUAUUGGCUGUCUGAAGCUAGCGUUCAAGUCGUCGGAAUCCCAGAGCUGCCCAUGUUGCAGACAAAGUCUCGCUAAAAUGGAAGUCCAAGUGAACGAACAACUAAAGAAAGCCUUGCAGACCAUACUAAAAGGAUAUGAUGUCGGCAAGAAAUAA